GUCCUUGCUGUGGGAAGAAAAGCAUGGUGGGGAUGACUUCAAAUAAGACAUUCAUUUUCUACGGUAACUCACUUACAACGUUGCUGUCGUUCGUAUCGUGUCAAGGAUGAAGCCGCAACAAUUCUUAGGAAUUUUUCUGAGUUUAAUCGGUUUGGCAUUAGCGGACGUAGCAUCGGAAUUCAAAGAAGCGAAGAUUCAACCUGAUAUUUUGGACAGUGUUCCUAAUGAAAAAAUCGAGGUGAAGUAUGGUAAAAAUACGAUUGAUCUAGGAACCGAAUUGACGCCUACUCAAACGCAAGAAAUUCCAGAAAUUCAUUACAAACAUGUGGGAGGACUUCUUUAUACUCUUAUUAUGACAGAUCCUGACGUACCAACGAGAGGAUACAAUAGAGAAUUCCGUCAUUGGAUUGUUGGAAAUAUACCUGAAGAAAACGUUGCUAAGGGUGAAAUUCUUGCUGAAUACGUAGGUCCAGCUCCACCUAAGGAUAGUGGAAAGCAUCGUUAUGUUUUUCUUAUUUAUAAACAAAAUCAAGGCGCCAUUACCUUCGACGAGAGAAGAUUGAGUAAUCGGGAUGGCAGAUUCCGUGGUAGAUUUUCAACGAAGAAGUUCGUGGAAAAAUAUAAUUUGGAGGGACCGAUAGCAGGGAACUUCAUGAAAGUGGAAUACGACGAUAACGUGCCUUCUUAUCACAAACGUUUAGGAUUGUAGAGUUUUUGCAUUAUUUUUUCUCUUUUCUCUCUUUUCUCUUCUUUUAUUUCUUCCUUUUUUCUUUUUUUUUUUGAAACAACAAGUUCUCUCCCUGCACCCCUUUCAAAAAAAAAGUUUUUGUCUUCUAUACGAAUGGAAAGUAUUAAUAUAAUAAUGAUAAUGAUAAUGAUAAUGAUAACGAUAAUGAUAACGAUAACGAUAAUAAUAAUAGAAUCGAAAUAGAACGUCAGUUCUUCGAUGUACCUCUCGUAUUUAUCUUUUUUCCUUUCUUCUUCUUCUGUUUUUUCUUUUUUUUUUUUUUAAUUUUGUUUUCUUUUUAUUAAUCUGACAUUUUUAUUUUUGCUUUCAUUUCUUUUUAAUCGUUUUAUAAAUAUAAAAUGUACAGGGUAUUACAAUCCUAAUCUCUCCGUGGCGAGAUACGUUAAAGAUGUCUUGAGUAUCCCUAUCUAUGGUAAUAAAUGCUUAGCCUAAAA